UGUAAGAAAGCCUAUGAAUUCAGUAAUGUUCCUUUUAAAAUUUGCCACAAACCAACUCGAGAGAAGUCGCCGGUGGGAAAAAUUCAACCUGCACUUUACCAAACCGAAGAUGUGACAUGUACCAACAGCAGAGAGACACUAGGGACACCUUGCGGAAAACUACUUUUUACUUUGAAAUACGACCGAGAUGUAGAAGGUCUUAUCGUCAGAGUAAGUCGAGUUAAUAGUCUCACAAAGUUUAGUACUGUGUUCUAUAGUAAUCAUCCGAUACCAAAUUUGGUGCACCAAAGGACAAAAGAAAAACGAGUCUCGUACAGAGAAGUGUUGUUUCUGAAGGUGCCUCUCACACAGAACAGUAAUGUUUCUCCAGAGGACUCUCACACAGAACAGUAUUGUUCAUCAGGUGACUCUCACACAGAACAGUAUUGUUUCUCCAGAGGACUCUCACACAGAACAGAAAUGAAGGAUCUGGGAGAAAUUAUGUUGGCCUUGUGUUACUUACCAACAGCAGGAAGGCUUACAGUCACUGUCGUCAAAGCUCAGACUCUCAAGCCCGUGGAUAUAACUGGAACAUCAGAUCCAUACGUUAAAGUGUGCCUGAUGUGCCAGGGAAAGAGGAUGAAAAAGAAAAAAACGUCAGUCAAGAAAGACACGUUAAAUCCAGUUUAUAAUGAGGCUUUAGUCUUUGAUGUUCCUGCAGAAAAUAUUGAAGAUGUCAACUUGCUCGUGAAAGUUUUGGAUUAUGACAGGGUUGGAAUCAGUGAGAUAAUGGGCUGUUGUGGACUCGGAAGCGGGUGUGUUGGGCUCGGGCGAGAUCACUGGCUGGAAAUGAUAGACAAUCCUCGAAAGCCCGUGGCUCAGUGGCACCCUCUGACGGAGAAUGUGCAAGAUUACCAAGAGUUAACGCAACCGUCGACUGUCAAGUGCAUCAACAUAGGAUAAAGGAAGUUACGACUGAGUUUCUAAAGUUUUUAUUAAGGACUCUAUAUGACUUAGAUGGUGCUAAAAAUAUCACAUUGAUUGGAUAGAAAGAUAAGGUUAGUGUGAGCUGUAUGUCUGUAUGUUCUUCUCAAAUAAUCCUGUUCGAAUCCCCGUCACACCAAACAUGCUCGCC